CGUCCGCGGUUGCCCCGGCAACCGGCCGCCGCUCCCCUCCGCCCUCCGGCCGCCAGGGGGCGCCGCCGCUCGCGCCGCGCCCUCCCAUAAGACCCCGCGGCGGCGGCCGGCUGGUCUCUUCCCCGCCUCCGUCAUGGCGCAAGACCAAGGUGAAAAGGAGAACCCCAUGCGAGAGCUGCGCAUCCGCAAGCUCUGCCUCAACAUCUGCGUUGGGGAGAGCGGGGACAGGCUCACCAGAGCUGCCAAAGUGCUGGAGCAGCUGACGGGCCAGACCCCCGUCUUCUCCAAAGCACGAUACACUGUAAGAUCCUUCGGAAUCAGGAGAAACGAGAAGAUUGCUGUUCAUUGCACAGUUCGCGGGGCCAAAGCAGAGGAGAUUCUGGAGAAGGGGUUGAAGGUGCGAGAAUACGAGUUGAGAAAAAACAACUUCUCAGACACUGGGAACUUUGGCUUUGGAAUCCAGGAGCACAUCGAUCUGGGGAUUAAAUACGAUCCCAGUAUUGGUAUCUACGGCUUGGACUUCUACGUGGUGCUGGGCAGGCCUGGUUUCAGCAUUGCUGACAAGAAACGCAGGACUGGCAACAUUGGAGCCAAGCACAGAAUUGGAAAGGAAGAAGCCAUGCGCUGGUUUCAGCAAAAGUAUGAUGGCAUCAUCCUUCCUGGUAAAUAAGCAGUUCCUGUUACCAAAAAAGCAAAUAAAAUUUUCUAACCCCUGA